UAUUUCUAGUAUGUUCGCAAUAGCAGUCCACUAGGAAAACGCGACAUCGUCAUUUAAAAUGGCGCCAAAGGUUAACCUCAGCCAGUGGAUCGCUGGUAAAUCUACAACACUGUCCACUUUGCUGCUGGUUAGCAACAUAAAUAGCACAACAACACUAUCGUAUUAGUUAAUUUGCAGCGUUCACGGUUGUGUUCGCAUUGAUUUAAAGUAGUUUGAAUCAAUUAUUGACCCUUAACCUUUGACAGAUAGGUGGCUGGGGACUGAUUGAUAAUACGAGAGCAGCAUGUAAGCAGCGCUGGCUAAUGCUAAAUGCCAACUACAUUACAUACGUGUAGCCCUCAGCUAACAAGCUAGCCAGUGUUGCUAAUGCUGCAUUCAAGGGAUGUCGAAAGAAUCGAACAAAUUUAUUUCAGUCUGCGAAAAUUCACGUCAAUGCCCUCUCAACUCGGAACAACAACUCAAAAAGUCGGCGAAAGUUUUGCAUUACAGGAUUUACCGAUUUGGCGUGACAUUACGCUGUAACAAGGCGGACAAAAGUAAUUGUGAGGUUAAUGCGUACCUACGCCAGAGCUCCGCAGACAGACGACGAUGAAGAGAAGCAGGCACCCCAGCAGCAGUGAUGACUCCGACAAUGGAAGUAAUUCCACCUGCUGGUCCCAACAUUCAUCACAGCCCAGGAGGGGGACUGGGCAGAAACCCUCCGAGGUUUUCAGGACCGACCUGAUUACCGCCAUGAAGGUGCAUGACUCGUACCAGCUGAACCCGGAGGACUACUACAUCCUGGCCGACCCGUGGAGGCAGGAGUGGGAGAAGGGCGUCCAGGUCCCCGUCAGCCCCCAGUCCAUCCCGCAGCCUGUCGCCAGGGUGCUGGCUGAGAAAGGAAAGGAGGUCAUGUUCAUCAGGCCGAAGAAGUUGAUCCGGACGUCUGGCACCGAGGCGCUGGGCUACGUGGACAUCCGGACGCUGGCGGAGGGGAUGUGCCGCUACGACCUGAACGACGAGGACGUGGCCUGGCUGCAGACCGCCAACGAGGAGUUUGCAGAGAUGGCGAUGGCGCCGCUGGACGAGAUCACUAUGGAGCGCGCGAUGGAGGAGUUUGAGCGCCGCUGCCACGAGAACAUGACGCACGCCAUGGAGACGGAGGAGGGGCUGGGCAUCGAGUACGACGAGGACGUGGUGUGUGACGUCUGCCGCUCGCCUGACGGGGAGGACAACAACGAGAUGGUGUUCUGCGACAAGUGCAACAUCUGUGUCCACCAGGCGUGUUACGGCAUCCAGAAAGUCCCAAAGGGCAGCUGGCUGUGCCGGAUCUGUGCCCUCGGCAUCCUGCCCAAGUGCCAGUUGUGUCCCAAGAAGGGGGGGGCCAUGAAGCCCACCCGAAGCGGAACCAAGUGGGUCCACGUAAGCUGUGCCUUGUGGAUUCCAGAGGUGAGCAUCGGGAAUCCAGAGAAGAUGGAGCCCAUCACCAACGUGUCCCACAUUCCUAGCAACAGAUGGGCUCUGAUCUGCUGCCUGUGCAAAGAGAAGGCCGGAGCGUGUAUACAGUGCUCUGCAAAAAACUGCCGGACCGCCUUCCACGUGACGUGCGGCCUCCACGCCAGCCUCGAAAUGAACACCAUUCUCACCGAGGACGACGAGGUCAAGUUCAAGUCCUACUGCCCCAAACACUCGGGGCUGGAGGGCGCCGAGUCCAGGGAGCGAGACUCUGGGGGAGAGGAGGAGAGGGAGAGCGCCAGAGACAAGAAGGGCAAGAGGAGAGGCAGGGUCAGAGGGGAGGAAGACGCCGCCGCCUCCUCUUCCUAUGUGGCCCCGCAGCUGGCCGCCAGAGCGCCCAGCGACCUGCAGGCGCUCGCCUGCCGCCAGCAGGAAAAGCGAGUCAGCCUCCGCAAGCUGAAGCUGCAGGAGAUGGAGGAAGAGUUCUACCAGUUUGUGGAGGUGGAGGAGGUGGCCGCCCACCUGAAGGUGGCGUCCGAGGCGGUGGACUUCCUGUACCAGUACUGGAAACUCAAGCGCAAAGCCAACUUCAACCAGCCGCUGCUCACGCCCAAGAAGGACGAGGAGGACAGCCUGGCGCGCCGCGAGCACGAGGUGCUGCUGCGCCGCCUGCAGCUCUUCACACAUCUGCGCCAGGACCUGGAGAGGGUGCGGAACCUGACCUACAUGGUGACCCGCAGGGAGAAAAUGAAGCGCUCGCUGUGGAGAGUCCAGGAGCAGAUCUUCCAGCACCAGGUCCAACUGGUGGACCGCGAGCUGCUCACGGGCGAUCCGUCGGCGAAGGAUUUGGAGAAGCUCUUCUCUCUGGGCUGGUUAUCGUCUCAGGGCUCCCAGUCUCGCGCCUCCUGGAGCCGCUCGGGACCGAAAACCAAACAAAGCUCUUUAAAGCAGGACAAAGGGAAAAGAGGCCUCUCGGACUCCCCGCACACUCCCAAGAAGGACAAUGUGAGAAAACCACUGGAGACGAAGGACAGUAAGGUCUCCCGGGUCAAAGAGUGUGAGCCCGCUGAGGACGCGCGCGACGCCAAAACCCACAACUCCGACAUCGGCCAGGAGAGUCCGUUUCCAAAGUUUCAGAAGCCAGUAGUCGUUCAGGAAACCGUCAGCGUCAAGGGCCCCAGAAGGGAGGCCCCGGGGCCCGAACCUGAUGCGCUGGCCAGGCGGAAACGAGACAACGAUGAGGAACAAGAGGAGAGGAGGAGGAAGAGGAAGAGCGAUGUGACGGAGAGCUUCCCCGGCCAGGCGAAGAACAGGCACGGGUCCAAACACCUGGAGAGGACCGUGUCCAUCCGGCUGGUGGACAUCCGGAACGCCGACAACGACGACUUCUUCAUGGACGACGGAAUGACCAAACCGUGCCCCGUGUCUCCGGGCGGGACCCCCAACACUAAGCUCAGCAGAGGGGUCGAGGCCGCCCCCGCCAAGGCCAAGGGCUGGCUGAGGAAAGCUCAGGCCAACGGCUCGCACGCGCCCGGCCGACACGUGGGCGGACAUCUUCGGAGCUGGGGGAAGUUCCGGAUCCCGAAGAGGAGCGAGAGGCCUCCGACGGCGGCCGCGAAGGCGCAGCACGGCGAGCCGCUGCUGAGGCCGCUGACCAACGCGCCGGAGCCGUCGUACCCCAGGACCAGACUCCGCACGGGGACGGAGAGCGACGGCUACGCCUCGGACUCCAGAGCCGCCGGCGGUGAGAUGGAGCCCUGCUUGAAACGGUGCCACUCGCACCAACUGAGGGGCGACGCGUCCCUCGGCCGGCGCUACGGGUCCGACAUCAUCCGCCGAGGCGUGCUGGCCUCCUGACGGCAGAGCGACACUUAAAAUAAGCUGCACUGCGUCAGUCGGAAAAGAACGACCGCCGCUUUUUUUACCUUUUUCUGUUAUUCUUAUUUUCUCUCUCUCGAAUGAAUCAUAAAAUGCCUAGAUGAAAAACAGAGCUGAUAUUUAUUUUUUAUGUGUAACAUAUGUAAAUCUGGGAAAUAUUGACUUUAUUUUGAGGUAGUUUUUUUUAAUUUUCUUUUUCUUUUCUUUUUUUAAACAAAAAGAUGUCAAGUUGCCACUUAAAAGCUCGCACAGAUAAAAACAAGCAAAAGCAUCACCUAGGUGGGUCGGGAUCGUUGCUUGGGACCAUAAAUCUUGCAAUGUAGUUUUUGACAUAGUAUUAAAGUCUGUUGCACUUAGUCAAACACACAGAUAAUCACCAUCUUGUCAGCAAAAUAGGACUCUUAGGUGCGUUAUUUGUAUUUUAUCACGCUUCAUCGGACUUAACGGCUACAAACAGGAAGGCAAGCUGCCCUUUUAUCGCUAUUUAAACUCCAGCUGUUGAACAUUAUGAGCUUGGGAACCGCAAAAAAGGAGUUGAGAAGGACGUUUACUUGUCACAGUACUAAAGUGUAAUUGAACCGCGAUCGUAUCGUAUCCAUCAUGUGCCUAACUUUUAUUUGAAGCAUUUGCACUACUAGAGGACGGCACAGGUGUGAGGUAUGAGGAGAGUUAUUUUUACACUGAAUAAUUAAAGAA